AUGGUAGGCAUCAAUGGUCGUCUUCGUGAACGACUGGAUGAUACAAACGAAGCUGGCGCAGAUGACGCUGAGGAAGGUGUGGUGGAAGACGAGCUGGAUGCGACGGAACUCAAUCCAGAGGAUAUUCUUGCACUUGCUGCGAAGAAGGCAAGGAAGAAGGAUUUAGCUACCGUCGACCAUUCCCGCAUUCCGUAUGAACCAUUUCGGAAGGAGUUUUAUAUCCCACCUCCCGACGUUGCCGCUAUGACAGACGAAGAGGCUGAACUGUUGCGACUUGAGCUGGACAGUAUCAAGAUUCGUGGAGUCGAGUGCCCGAGGCCUGUCACGAAAUGGAGCCACUUUGGUUUGCCCGCCAGCUGUCUUGAUGUCAUCAAACGGCUGAAUUAUACCUCUCCGACGUCCAUUCAAGCUCAAGCCAUUCCUGCGAUUAUGUCCGGUCGGGAUGUCAUUGGUGUUGCCAAGACUGGUUCAGGCAAGACGGUCGCUUUCCUACUACCACUCUUUCGGCAUAUCAAGGAUCAACGUUCGCUGGACCAAAUGGAAGGUCCUAUCGCAAUUAUAAUGACACCCACUCGCGAGCUAGCCGUCCAGAUCCAUCGAGACUGUAAGCCAUUUUUAAAAGUCCUUAACUUACGGGCUAUCUGUGCCUACGGAGGCUCACCAAUUAAGGAUCAAAUUGCGGACAUGAAGAAAGGCGCUGAGAUUAUCGUCUGUACGCCGGGACGUAUGAUCGACCUGCUUACCGCUAACUCUGGACGCGUAACGAACCUCAAACGUGUCACGUACCUCGUUCUUGAUGAGGCGGAUCGGAUGUUUGAUAUGGGUUUCGAACCGCAGGUCAUGAAGAUCAUCAACAAUAUUCGGCCAGACAGGCAGACACUCCUCUUUUCGGCCACCUUUCCUAGACAGAUGGACUCCCUCGCCCGGAAGAUCCUCAGAAAGCCCCUGGAGAUUACUGUAGGUGGGCGGUCAGUCGUCGCUGCAGAAAUCGACCAGAUUGUCGAGGUGCGAGCGGAGGACACUAAAUUCAACCGUCUCCUUGAGGUCCUUGGCCAGAUGUACAAUGACGACCCUGAGGCUAGAACCCUCAUCUUUGUCGAUCGACAGGAAGCGGCAGACAAUCUUCUUCGCGAACUGAUGCGCAAGGGUUAUCUUUGCAUGUCACUUCAUGGUGGCAAAGACCAAGUUGAUCGGGACUCGACGAUAGCAGAUUUUAAAGCCGGCGUCGUUCCGAUCGUCAUCGCAACAUCUGUUGCGGCCAGAGGAUUGGAUGUCAAACAGCUCAAGCUCGUCAUCAAUUACGAUGCCCCGAAUCAUAUGGAAGAUUAUGUACAUCGUGCUGGGCGGACGGGUAGAGCGGGCAAUAAGGGCACAUGUAUCACUUUCAUCACUUCAGAGCAAGAUCGGUACUCUGUCGACAUCUAUCGUGCGUUGAAGGCUAGUGAGGCCAACGUUCCGCAAGAAUUGGAAGAAUUGGCCAACGGUUUCCUUGAGAAAGUCAAAACGGGCAAGGCCCAAGCGGCAGGCUCUGGCUUUGGCGGCAAAGGACUCGAUAGGCUGGACAAAGAGCGCGAUGCUCGCGAGAAGGCCGAACGGAAAGCCUAUGGCGAGCCAGAGGAAGAGCAGAAGGCGGCCGAAGAGGCCACGUCUACCAAGAAGGAGACGACGGACGACAUGACGUUCGGUAACUUCAAGGUAGAGAUCAAGCGCGGUCCGGCGCCUGAUUCGUCUAAGGGACAACUGGGUGACGUUGGUCGGAAGGUCAACCCGGAUGCGACGGACUUCCAUGCGAUCAUACCCAUCAACGACUACCCUCAGAAAGCUCGGUGGCGGGUCACCAACAAAGAGACAAUGGUCCAGCUCAUCGAUAUGACGGGGGCGUCGGUUACGAACAAAGGUAUCUACUACGAGCAGGGGAAGGAGCCACCUUCAGAGGGACCUCCGAAAUUGCACCUGCUCAUCGAGUCGAACGAGGAAUGGCGGGUCGAACACGCUGUUCGCGAGAUCAAGCGACUGCUUAUUGAGGCGUCUGCCGCAGCGCUGCAGGCGGAGAUGCGGAACCCCACGGCACCUUCCGGAAGAUACAGCGUUGUUUAGGCACAUGCUUCGUGAAUUUACUGUAAUUUAUAUGUAGUUUUUGCUCUUGUCGUAUGUUUUCCAUCAUUGGAUGGAGGCCUCACUUUCCGAGGCCUGAUCGAGUAAUUAUGGCAUGGAAAACCG